UUCAUGGACCUAAGACAUCAACUAUGAUGAGUCUAGGCAACCUACCAAGAUAUUAUAAUGGAUUUCCUAAUUGUAGACAGGAAGAUGUAAGACUUAGUGACCCUGACAGCACAGUUAAAGUACAUGCUGAUAAACCUCACUUGGUCAGUUUGGGGAGUGGUCGACUGUCAACAGCGGUCACUAUUAUACCACUACAUAAUGGUAGAACAGAUAUAGGGACCGUUGAUGCUGAGGUACUACCAGACCUUAUUAUACAGGGGACAGGUGUUGAGGAUGACCAUUGUUAUAUAGACAAUAUACAUGGAGUGGUGACAUUGACUCCAUUGGCUAAGCUCUGCUUCAUAGAUCAGCAUCUUGUCUGUGAGCCUACCAGACUUACUCAGGGAUGUAUGCUGUGUUUAGGACGUUCAAACUACUUUAGAUUUAACCAUCCACAAGAGGCCAAGAAGAUCAAAGAAGCAUUGCCAAACUGUAGAAUCUCCUGUGCUCCAAUUGACUUUCUUCAAGAACUGGAUGUGAAUCCGGAGUAUAUGCAAGUGAUAUCUGACGCUGCUGCUAAUGUACAGAAACGAUCAUCAUCUGGUUCAGACAAACAGAAAUACCUGGACCGUUCUUCAAAUAAUUCAUGUUCAUCACCUAAACCUCCAUACUUGAAUAAAUCACCAAACCAGUCAUAUUCUGAGAGAUCUCCAAACCAUUCAUAUUCAGAAAAGUCACCGAAACAAUCUGUAAUUGAAAAAUCACCAAAACAUUCAUUCUAUGAAAAUGUGCCAAAACAAAAUUCACCAAAAACUUUAGUAACUAAUAACGGUGAUGAUACCGAAUUUCUUGACAAAGUGUCAAAAUUUGAACUUAUUUCGCAUAAUAGAACUUCACCAACAGUAAAAUCUCCUAUGCGAGUUAUGCCACCUGAUACUCCUUACCAAGGGUCACCAGUAAAUACUUUAACUAGGAGACAUAAUAGUUCAUCAGGUGUUUCGUCUCAUGCAGGUGAAAAAGUUUUCACUCGUGAAACUGUAACCACACGAGUGCCUGCUAGUUUCUUAUGUGGGAAAUCUACAACUGAGCGUGUGCCAAGUACAGAAAGUACAACUGAGCGUGUGCCAAGUACAGGAAGUACAAGUUCUAGCUCAUUAACAAGUGUCAGUAGUGGAGCAACAUUAUCGUGGAAUUCUGAUUCUCCAAAAUUAUCCAGUGACAAAACUGUUCAUAUAUCUCCUGCUGGAAGUAAAGGUAAUUCACCGAAUUCUAGAUCUCCACUCAACAGUGUUGCCAUUACUCCUAAACAAAAGGAGAAAAAACCUUUCAAUUUUACUGAAUCUGCAACAUCAAGAGUGAGAAACGCCACUGAUGCUGACCUCUUGGCCGAGAGCAUUAUAAAUGGUGACUUCCUUGGAACGUGUGACGUAGUUAGUAAUAGAAACACCUUUGAUGGUAUUGACUUUAAUUUUGACGAAUUAACUGCCAGUCAACAAGAUUUAACAAUGAAACAUCGUGAAAAUGUGGAAGAGAGAAAGAAAGAACAAGAGCAAGAGAAAAUAGAAAAACAAAGAUUGGAAGAAAUUUUAAACAUGUGUGCUGAUUAUGAAAAACAAAUAGAAGAUGAAAGAGUUGUGCAAGAAAGUCCAAAACCUAAAACUACUGCCUUUUCAAUGCAAAAGUUUUUAGAAAGAAAUAACAUAUCAUCUGAAGUGGAGAAACAAACAUUGCCUAAAGACAGUCUAGCUUAUGGGGUUGGACAGCAGUACUCUCAUUCAACACAUAAACAAGAGUCCUUUACUGCCUCUUAUCCAGUGUCUUCUCAUGUUGGUCAUCAGACAUUUUCUAACACUUAUUCUCCAACAUAUACAUCAUCUUCUUCUCAAGUGAAAUCUCCACACACUAUAAGUAAUGUGUCUCCUAUGAUGAAUGGACCAUACAAUUCUUACACAAGUAAUGCUGUAACUCCAUCUAAAGGAACACCUCCUCCUGUGUCACCAAAACCUGUCAUGACAAAAAGUUUUGAUACAUUUUCUACUUCUGCUCAUAAUGAUCUGAUACAACAAAGUACCCCUGUGACGAUGUCUAAACAAUGGACUAAUCAAGUACGGUCAAAGACACCAACAAAUAUUGGGGAUCAGGAUAACUUUUCUGGUGCUGUUACCUCAAAUUACAAUGGAGGGCUUCCAUUAGGAAAUAGAUCAAUAAAAGAAAACUCCUCAAAAAGAUUUUCACCUCCAGACUAUGAAAAUGAUUUUGUUGAUUCUGCAAAAUCUGUUUCUUUUUCUUCAAAUGUUGUACAACCUUCAUACAGUAUGUCAACAAUGGAUAGUAGUCAUGCUGGACAACAACAAUUUAAGGGGCAUAACUUGCCACUGACCAAGGGAAAUAACUCUCAGGAAAAUUCAAAUUCAGAUUUACAAGUGAUGUCAAAUAAAAAAGAAAUGUAUGUCUCUGACGAUGCUAGUCCUAAGCAUUGUACUGUAUCAAGUGAGAAUCAGUCUCCAAGAUUUGAUGAAAAUUCAUUCAAAAUCUCACAGGUUCAAAGACCAAAUCAAUUACCUAGUUUUCAUGACUUCACAAAAGAAGUUCAUUCUUUAGACAGAAAAGAUAAAUCUGAAUAUAGAGGAUCUAUGACAAAAAUAAAAACCAAUGGUUCAUUAGCAAUGCUGAAUUCACCAAAUAAUCCUCAUAAAGAUGUGGCGCAUGGUUUCCAAAUGAGACGAUGUAGUUCAAAUUCUUCAAACUCAGAAGAAGAAUCGACAAGUGGAACCAAUUCUGAAGAUACUGGAACUAUUAAACGUCGACCAGAAUUAAAUCGUAACAAAGAAAACUCUCUAGGAGGAUCUCCAUUACAAAGUCCACGUCUUUCACCCCGCAUGGGCAGCAAAAGUCCUCAAGUUACUCGACGUCAUUUUAAGGCAGAUGACAAGUCUAAUGAAUUACUCACGUCUCCUACAGAACAAACUCAAAGUGUUCAAAACUCAUUUGAUUAUUUCAAUUCUGCAGUAAAUGGAAUGGCUUUUAUUGAUGAUUCAUAUGAUAACCAGAGAAAUAUUUUGGCCAAUCAGAAUCUUGGAAAUUCUUUCAUUGAUGAGUCAUAUGACAACCAGAGAAAUAAUGUGACCAAUCAGAAUCAUGGAAUUGCUUUCAUUGAUGAGUCAUAUGAUAACCAGAGAAAUAAUGUGACCAAUCAGAGUUAUGGAAUAUAUGAAAAUCUUCAAUGUAGGAAUAAUUCAGUAACAAAUACUAGAAUGGUAAAUGGAUAUCAGUCCCCAGAAAGUAAUUCCAUUGAAAUGGACCAAUCAUUUUCGAGAUCCAGAUUAUCUGGAGGAUCAACAGGAAGUAAGAAGUCAGACGACAGGCUGACACCAGUAAAUAAUGAGGCUCCAGUUUCCAAAAGUAGAGAACGUCUGAGAUCAGAUUCUAGUAUGGAGUCCAGUACAAGCCUGCAGUUAGAUAAACUGAAACAUACCAAAGCUGAACUUAUAAAGAAUAUUGCCUCGUUAAAACAACAAAUUGUGGAAAUAGAAACACAAGAGAAUGAAGCCAUUAGAGAGUUGGAGAUGGAGCGAGCUUUACUUGAGGGGGAGCAUAACACAGAAAUGGAGGAGUUACAACAAGAGCAAGACAGAAUUAAUGCUUUGAAACUUCAACAGGCAGAACUCAUAGAAAGAUCAGCUAAAGAAAGAGAAAAAGAAAUAGAAAUAAUGGACAAGAAACAAGAAGAAUUAUUUGACCUUGAAAAGAAACACUUUGAAACAGAACAAAUGUUGGGUAGUUGUCAUGACAGGGAGAAAGAAAAGAUUAAGGAACAGUUCGACAGGGAACAGGAAUCAAUUGAACAGAAACAUAAAGAUUUUGAUGAUCUAGAAUUCAAACAGCUUGAGUCUGAGGCAAGAUAUGAGGAAGAGAAAGAGAAAUUACAAAAAAAGUUAAUGACUGACCAAAAUAAACUUCUGGAGAGAUAUAAAUCAAGAGAGAAUCGUUUGCAGCAGAUUGACUCACAACAACAUGACAUGUUAUCCAGUGUAAGAAAGGACAUAGAAAAUCUGGAACAAAGUCGACUGGUCUUAGUAGAACAACUAAAGAAGGAGAAUACAAAAUUAAGUGAGUUGAAGAAGACAAUAAAAACACAGACAAAAACAGCAGAAGACAUCUUAUCUGACGAGGAAAAACACGACAGUUAUUCAGACAUCAACCAGAACUCCUCUCAAAAAUCUUCUCAUUCAAGUUCAACAACUACAGUAACUAAUUGGUUAAUAAGCCCCACAAAUUCUGCCAAAGGCAGUACUCUUAUUGAACAAGAAAAGAAACGGCUAGUGGAACUAAAAAGGCGGGCUGCUGAUGAGGGGCGUGCUCAGUGGGAAGAACGCAAACUACGAGAGGCCAAUUGUAAAAGUUUUAAUUCAUUAGAAUCAGAAGAUUCCAGCGUUGCCAGUAGUUGUGAAACACCGUCAGAGAAAGAAACAACGAGUUUAAGUAGUGGCGAAGAUAAUUUGGAGAAAUUAAUGGAACUUGAAAGAUUACUAGCUCAAGCUCAGCAAGAAAAAAUGUCGCUGAUAGAGGAUCAGGUCAGACUUCGGGAAUCAGAAAUGCAAGCACUGCAUGAGGAACGUUCAAAGAGAGAAACGUUGGAGAGGAAACUUCAAGAAGAAACAAUGUUACGAGAAGAAUUAGUUCAACAACAAAUUAAGAUGCGUGAUCAUCAAGUUAAACAGGCUCGGCCAUUAACAAGAUAUCUACCAGUACGUAACACAGAGUUUAAUUUAAAGACACACAUUGAAACAGCUGGACAUCAUUUAGACAUGUGUCCACAUGUGACUGUAUCUCCAACAAGUUGUCGGGGAUUCUUACAUAAAAUGGGGAACAAGUUCAAAACAUGGCAUAAACGUUGGUUUGUGUUUGAUCGUGUAAAGCGAUCGUUAGUGUAUUACACGGACAAGACUGAAACAAGAGCUAAAGGGGGAAUAUAUUUUCAAGCUAUCGAGGAAGUUUACGUGGAUCACUUACGGACAGUUAAAAGUCCCAAUCAUAAACUGACGUUUUGUGUUAAGACAUUUGAUAGGACAUAUUACAUGGUGGCGCCCUCACCAGAAGCCAUGAGAAUAUGGAUUGAUGUCAUAUUUACAGGAGCUGAGGGGUAUCAACAGUUUCUUAGCUAAAUAUGUGUUACCAUGGAAACUUUUUUUCAUCUUGAUAAGUAUUUCUUGGUCACUUGCCUGGGUAUUUAUAGAUUUAUAAUUUGUGUCACAUUUUGUCAUAGUAAAUCCUUUACAAGAUAUUCAUUGUAAUUACUGUAUUUACCUGUAUUUAUGUACCUGGUGAUCAGAAGAAUUCUCAUAAUCUAGACUUUUAAAUAGUAAGACAGUAUUAAACAUAUUCGUUUAGCUGAUCCAGAAAUGUUUAAUACAACAUAUACAAUGUUAUAUAUUUGUCCAUGUCUUUCAUCUAUGAAAUGAUUUAAUUCCUUGAAGUGAAAUGCUUAAGUUUUUGCCAUUAUCAAAUUACUCUGUUUUCAACCUGAAUUAAACAGACAAAAUUUAAGGAUAUGAACAUUAUAUGAAAUAUCUAAAUUUUGUCUUUAUGUUUUAAAAUGCAUUGGUUAUUUUUUUGUUGCUUAAUAUAUAGGAAAGGUCAGAAAUAUAUACAAUGUAUUACGUUUAUACAGAAUUGUGAUUUGUAACUGGUUAAUCAGGUCAAAGAACAGUAUUUUAGUCAUUCUGUGGUCAGCGUAUUUUUGUCUAGUGCCUUGUAAUUUUUACACAGAUAUUUGAAUACUGCUGGUUGACUUUAGAUAUUAUUUACUGUGGUCAAACUUAACA